CUUACAUUCCAACUUAUAUCAUUUUGGUAUCCGUCGUUCAAGAUGCCGCGACUUAGUCGAAAGUUCCUAAUUUUUCUGUCCACACUAGUGCUUUUUGCGUGUUUGGUUAACAGUGAUAUGAUGUCAUAUGACAAUUUUGAUAGUUAUGCUCGAGAUAACGAAGGACACAAGCAGAUGGAACUAGCUUAUAUCGUCCGUUCGGGAUGUAGAAAGGGCUACGCGUUUUCGUAUCGUGGAAAAUGUCGGAAAAUCUUUCCCAGCAACCAAGUUUAGUUAUUUCGUGGUCAUUGAAAAUCAUGUUAUCGAUCAUAUCAUGUAGUAACAUUUUUGGUUUUCCCGGCCUAUGUUCCUGCUGCCCCAUCAAACCGAUGGCUGGGCUAGGCUCCAGUCUUCUCUCAUCAGUCAGCGGAGAUUCUGCCCCACUCUCCCCGACAUCUGCCGCCGCUGGCGAUCAGCGCACGUCCAGCGUUGCCGAACUGCGCCGCAAAGCUCAGGAACACAGCGCCGCGCUGUUGCAAAGUCUCCAGCAUGUCGCUAACUUCCAACAGGCCGCGGCGGCCGGAUUGAAUUUUCCACUGUUGCCGCCUCUCACGCUGCAGGCGGCGUUGCAACGUAAGCACGACGAGGAUAAGGCGGCAGACGCGGCAGCUGCAGCGGCGAAGGAGGCCAAUGGAGCGUCGUAGAUCUAGGAUUUUGUGUUGUACGAUUCGAAUCGAAAAGAAGCAAAAAUUGAGAGAUUAAACGAACUUACCUAAGUGAAGUUUAAUCCUAAUUAUAUGAGCCUCGCCGGAAUAAAUAAGAAUAAGUGUAGUAGCUCUGCUUGCAGUCAAGUCUCACACAGUUCAAAGCAAAUUUUCUCAC